UUAUGUUAUAGACGAGGAUGAAAACAGUGGUUGAAAGGGAAGAUAUAAAGUUGUUUUAUAUCCACAUUAUUACACGAUUCGCGUAGUCUUGGCAGCCACACGGCUCAAUCGUUGUUGCAAUUAAGGGCUACGUUUGCUUAUUCGUAUUCUCUUCAUCUGUGCACCGAAACCACACAACGAAGUGGUAGCAGAGCGCCAGGACUGUUGCCGAAAACAGCCAGGGCUAUGGCCGACUCGGUGAAGACCUUCCAGUCCCAUCUCACUUCUGUCAUGGACAGUUUGGUCAGGGCAACGGUGUGCGAAAUCACGAAACUCUUCCAGGACACUGUCAACGAUUACCUCGUGGAAAUAUCGCUGAACAGAAAGGAAAACGAGGCCCUGAAGCUGAGGCUGAGACUGACGGAGAACAAACUGAGGAAUGAGCGAAAAUACGGAAUGGGUUGGACGGCGAGUCGCCGCAGCGCUGGGCUGCUGGUUUCGGACGACAGCGGUCGGAAAAAACGAAGAGUUGAAAUCCCCAGGGUCAAGCAGAGAGGAGGCACGACUUUUGGGAAGGACUGGACCGGCAACCCGUGGGAGGAAGGAGGCCCUGCCUCAGGGGAGGCUGGCGAGGAGGCCCGGGACGUUUACCUCGUCCAGCUCCCCGGCGGAGAGGAGGAAGAGGAGGAGUGUGUAGCAGGGGAGAGGGAGGAGGCCACCAACAUCAAAGAGGAGUCCACAGACAUGGAAGGAGGGUACAGACCAGAGUCUCUCAGACUCAUACAGGAAGCACUUCAGAUGGACCCAACGGACCCGAACAUUCAUGCAGGUACCAGGAUCCAAAUGGAAGGAGAUGUAGAGUCUGGCGCCGUGAUCGCCGAGGCCGGAGAGAGGGCACCCGUGGAGCAGCCUCGCUGUGAGGAGGAGUGGGACAUGGAGGCCGCCCCGGCGGAGGGGACGGAGGACUUCCCCGAGCCGCACAGGCCCAGGCACGGCGUGGAGGACCUGAGCGGGCUGGAGACGGCCCUGAAGGCCGAGAGGGGGAAGGAGCAUCCGGGCCAGAGGCUCGGCCAGCCAGGCCCGGAGCACGACGCGGAGGACUUUGGCGGGGCGGCGCCGGAGAGCGUGGUGAAUAGCCUGGGCUGUGAGCUGGAGUACGUGAUGUCGCAGAAGUAUAUCGGGCUGGACGGCAUGUGCAGCUCGGAGCAGGAGGCGGCGCUGCAGGCGGCGCCGCCGGCCGAGAGGGACGCCGACGGCCUGCUGGAGGUCCACGCCCGCCUGGGUCCCGCCCUGCCACACCCAGAGGUCCGGGGGUUCAGCGCCGGGCGCGUGAAGGAGGGGCUGCGCCCCCUCCCAGGGGUCGGGGCCGAGCUCCGGUCCGGCUGGCCCAAAAGGGCGCGGGAGGGUGACGGGGGCGGGGCGGACAGGCUGGCAGUGUCGCUGGAGCAGGCCCCGCCCCUCGCGGGCGGGAGCGUGGGGGAGCCCGCCGGCGACGCAGGGGACUUCUUGAACUUCUGCGCCCAGUGCGGGAGCAGCUUCGGCUCGGCCGCAGACCUGGAGGACCACCCAUGCCUCCUGUCCGUGCCGAACCAGCACCACAGCUGCGCCGUAUGCGGGAAGAGCUUCGGCCAGCCCGCGCACCUCCGCGCCCACAUGCGCCUGCACGCGGGGGAGGCCGGGGAGAGACCCUACCACUGCGCCCAGUGCGGCCGCUCCUUCAACCAGUCCUGGAACCUCAAGAACCACGAGUGCGUGCAGUCGGGCGAGAGGCCGCACCGCUGCGAGCUGUGCGGGAAGCGCUUCACCCACUCGCGCUCGCUGGAGCGGCACCAGCUGGUGCACACGGGGGAGAGACCACACCGCUGCCCCCAGUGCGGCCGCAGCUUCAGCCGCCUGGGCAACCUGGAGAGGCACCAGCGCAUCCACACGGGGGAGAGACCGUACGCUUGCACCGCCUGCGGCAAGCGCUUCAGCCGGGUGGAGUACCUGAAGAGGCACCAGCAGAUCCACAGCGGAGAGCGAGCCGGGCACCAGUGCAGCCACUGCGGGAAGGCCUUCAGCGAGCCGGAGCAGCUGAAAACUCACCAGUGUUUUUAUAACAUUUAAUUUCAGUAACAUUGACGACUCUUUGUAAUAUCGGUGAUUGUCGUGCACUCCCAUCCCGCAUCCUCAGCUGUCAUUCAUUGCAAUCCCUUCAUGAAGACCUUGUGCGAAAGAAAUGAUAGCAGUUAGAUUUCUGCCACUGAAUGAAGUAGGGUGUUUUGGUCAUAAAGAGGAAAAGGUAUUGUGCUUUAUUUAUGAUUCUUAGACUCGAUUUGUGAUUUUCAGUUUCAUAUUCACUUGAAAAA